AUGCCGAACUCCACCCGCGCCGUCCUUAUGCUUGUCGGAUUUUUCACAUUUUUAGCAGCGUUGACUUUAAACACAUUAUCGAGUUUUGGAGAUAGAACCGGUAUUUUCACCCAAAGUACAGAGGAUGUGCUGCUCAAAUAUAACACUCCGUUCACUCCGGCUCUAUGGACGUAUUUUGUGUGGGAUUUCAUUUACUUUUGGGUGUUGGCAAUGUUUGUUUAUUUCAUUAGUGGACUCUGCAGAAGGACUGCGUAUGACUGGAUGUACACCACGCCUGCAGCCCUGCCAUAUGGAUUUCAUAUUUGUCUUAUUGUCAACUUCUGCCUCAACAUCACCUUUUUAUUUCUAUUUGACAAAGAGAUGCUGUUCUCUGUGAUGAUCACCUCUGGACUCAUGACAGCCUCAGACUACACUCUCCUUUUCUUCUCGUGCCGUGGACUGAAGAUCUACGGUGCGUGGCUUCACAAAUACCACAGGAUCGACCUCUGGCUCUACAGAAUACUGGUGCAGAAUGGAGUGUCUCUGUAUGCCACAUGGGGGACCCUCUCCACGCUGCUCAACCUGACCAUCUACCUGCAGCACCAGACCGGAGCCUCCCGCUGCCACUGCGCCACCGUGUCCCAGCUGCUCCUGCUCAUCCUGCUCUUUGUCUGGUUUUUGUUUGAGAACUUCUACUUUGAGACCCACGUGCGCUACAUAUUCACGAUAUACCCUGUCGUCAUCUUGUGGUUAAGUGGGAACAUUGACAUUUUGGAUCCUGGGACCCAUAAUUUUAUCUUUGGAGUUUUCAGCCUAAUCACCUGCUGCCUUUUAUUUCUGUGUCCAGAGCAGACGUCCAGGAUGACCGUCCCCAUGUCCCAGGCCUCCCACCAGGUGAUCCACGGCGCCGCUGUGGCCCUGGCCCUCGUCACCCAGGUCUGUGCCGUGGUCUUCUGUGCUCUGUUUGGGGAACACGCUGUACUCGAGGCCGUGGCCCCAGCGGGUAACGAGACCUGGAGUCUGGAGGUGAACAUGGAUCACUGGGCCCACAACAACUGGAUACUGGUCGACAGCUGGACCUUGGCCUGGCUGCUGGAGGCGCUCUACAGACUGUGCAAAACGAACGUGCAGGGUCCUGAGGCCUGUAACCCAGAGCUGCACCCUCCGCUCUUCUACCUCAUGUGGGCGUCUGUCUGCAGCGCUCGGAUCUGCUCUAUGCUCCUGUGGCUCAAAGGUGAACUUGUGACUUCCUUCUUGAUGUCCGUGGUUCAACCCUCCAUCAGCUUCUGCAUGCUCUACACAUCCUACAGCAAUGUGAACAAACACAUGGCUCGGCUCGCCAUCAACUCUCCCAGUAUCGUUUGGUGGAUGCGUUAUUUGACGCAGAGUGGCCUGGCCCUGUUCGCCUGGUGGACUCUGCAGAUCGCUGCUAUUCACUUUGGCCUCGUGCUCAAAUACAAGGCUGGAGUCCCGGACACCACAGCCAGCACCAUUGUCCUCACCGCUGUCCUAUUGUCUGCCGUUAUCUGGUUUAUUCUCCAGAGUGUGUUUUACCUCAAACACAUGCGCUACACGUUCACAGUUUACCCAAUUCUUAUCCUGGGUCUUGGAGCAAUAUUCACCAGGACUUUUCAAUUCAGCAACGUCACGGUCAACACCAUCUACUGCGGUUGUAUGAUCAUGCUGUUCACCAUCAUGAGCAGUAUCCACCAGGUCUUGGCGUGUCUGUACAAAGGCACUUCUUGGCCGCCUGCUUUACCUCUGGAGAAAUCUUCAGCGGUGUGGUCCUCUGAGGGAAAAGCAAACAUGCACCUACACGGAUAA